AUGGUCACCACACAUUUGGCCCUUGCUCUCUUCGCCCAGGCGGCGAUCAUCGCUGCCGCACCCCUCCAACCUGUCCGGGUUAUCCAGAUUGAGGAGAGAGCUGAAGGUGAUCUCGAUGCCAUUGAGCGAGCUCUGGCUCCCGUAUCAGAAUCACUCGCCAACGUCGAUGCCGCAGUCCUCUCGUUGGACGGUGGCGCAGUCACGGCGAACAACCUCCUCAUCUUCUCUCAACAGGCCCAGGUGGCCACCGACCAGGCCACAGUCAAUAUCCAGGCUGCUGGUGAGCUUACUGCCAUCAAAUCUGCCAGGCUUCGACGGACCACAGACGCUCUCAUCGACCAGACGACAGUCACCGUCAAAGACUUGGUCUCCCGCAAGCCUAUUCUUGAUAACAUUGGGGUCAGUGGUGUUGCAUUGGAGUCGCUCCAGAGGCAGAAGGUCUCCAGCAUGGCCUUGACUGUCGCGCUCGAGCAAAAGGUCCCUAGAGCCGGGCAGAGAAUCGCGGCCGAGAGCAGGUCUCAGAUCGAGUCUGUCAUAGACCAGGCCAUCGUCAUCUACGCUGAGCCGGCUGCAGCUGCUGUCCCAGUUGUGGUUCCUCCUCCUGCUACACCAGCCAACCCCAACGCUAUCCCGAUUGCAGUUCCACCUGCUGCUGCUCCACCUGCUGCCGCUCCUCCUGCUGCCGCAGCUCCUGCUCCCCCCGCAGUUGCCCCAGCAUGGCCUGAUCAAGCGCCUGCCCCUCCGGCCGCGGCCGCUCCUGAACCCCCCGCAGCCGCUCCUGAACCCCCCAUGGCCGCUCCUGAACCCCCGGCGGCCGCUCCUGAACCUCCAGCGGCCGCUCCUGAAUCCCCCGCUGUUCCGGCAGUAGACCCCAACGCCGCGGUCCCUCAAGCUGGAGCCACCGUUCCUGUUUCAGCUCCUCAGCCGGCGCCGGCAGUCAUUGCUCCUCCCGCGGUGGCUCCCGCACCUGUUCCCAUGGUGCCCGUAGCUGCUCCCAUCGCUGCACCGGUCCCGCCUCCUCAAAUCACCACUGCUGCCGGCCGCAAGGACCGCAAGAAGAAGAAGAAGGCCUCAAAGAUCAAUAUGGUCGAGACUGAGGACGAGAGUGCCACUGUCAUGACUGCUGAGCAGUAA